UGCUGCUCUCCGGCUCUGGGCUGUUACCUCACUCGCUCCAGUGUCCACCUGCGUUCCUCUAUCUGACCGAGGGUAACCAGGAGGCACCAGCCCCUCCAGAGGCCAUGGCUCAGCCGUAUGCCCCAGCGCAAUACCCCCCUCCCCCGCCUCAGAAUGGGCUGCCCGGCGAGUAUGCCCACCCCGGGCAGGAGUACACAGGGCCGAACCCGGUGCCUGAGCAUGCAGCUGCCCUCACCAUCUAUACAACCACACAGACACACAGUGAUCCAACUGGUACUGAGAACAGCACGUCCUCACUCACAGCACCCUGCAAUGUACCACAGGCAGAUGAGGUGGCGCAGACAGAGGGCUCCCAGCAGCUCCAGCUCCAGCCAUCAGACUCUUCGGAGAAGCAGCAGCCCAAGCGGUUACACGUCUCCAACAUUCCAUUCCGAUUCCGUGACCCGGAUCUCCGGCAAAUGUUCGGGCAAUUUGGGAAAAUUUUAGAUGUGGAAAUUAUUUUUAACGAGCGGGGCUCUAAGGGCUUUGGUUUUGUAACUUUUGAAACAAGUGCAGAUGCAGACCGUGCAAGGGAGAAACUAAAUGGUACAAUCGUAGAGGGACGCAAAAUUGAGGUAAAUAAUGCAACAGCACGAGUAAUGACAAACAAAAAAGUGGCUAACCCCUACACUAACGGCUGGAAACUGAACCCAGUGGUGGGAGCUGUCUAUGGUCCUGAAUUUUAUGCAGUCACAGGCUUCCCAUACCCAACUACAGGGGCAACCGUGGCAUAUAGAGGUGCCCACUUGAGGGGCCGGGGUCGUGCAGUCUACAACACAUUCCGUGCCGCACCUCCACCUCCUCCUAUUCCUACUUAUGGAGCUGUGGUUUACCAAGAUGGUUUCUAUGGUGCCGAGAUCUAUGGUGGCUAUGCGGCAUACAGAUAUGCCCAACCAGCCGCAGCAGCUGCAGCAGCUUACAGUGACAGCUAUGGCAGAGUCUAUGCAACAGCAGACCCUUAUCACCACACGAUUGGACCUGCAGCCACAUACAGUGUUGGCACUAUGGCUAGCCUAUACAGAGGAGGGUACAGUCGCUUCACUCCAUACUAA